AUGCUGUGGAAGCUUGGGAAAGACUGCUGUCCUCUGGACCACACCGAAGACCACGCCCGCCACCACCCCAGAACUGCAGAACUGGCUUCAGCGCAGCCGGGUCAAGACCCUAGAACAGGUAUGGGGAUGGUGGGGUGUGAGGAGGAGGAUGGGGUGGCAUGUCAAAGAGAUGCUAAAUGUAUCCCCCUUUACAGCAGCCUCUCACACCCACGGACCAGAUCCAAGCGCCUGAGGACCAGCGAGGAGCCUGUCGCCUUGGAAGGGUGCUCUGUCCUGGGAAGGAGGAGGGGCCUCGGAGGCACCCUGGGUCCUAAGGUCCGGAGAGGCUGCAGGGCUGGGGAGGAUGAGGACGAUGAGGAGGAAGGAGAGGAUCAGACUGAGAAUACACUCCGGCUCCCUGGUCCUUGUCGGCAGAUGUGUGUGGUGAAAGUCAACAGAAUGGAAGUGGAGAGUGACCGGUUGGCCUUCCCCUGUCCUCCUGAACCUCUCGCCCCUUUGGACACCACAGAACAAGGGACAGGGGCGGGGACUCACCCCUCACCCCAUCUGCAUCCCACUAACCCCCCACAGAACCCCUCAGGGCCAGAGUUCGCAGAGGUCAUUAAAGGACCCCAUCAGACGUCCGAGGCUGCCCCAACACCUACCCGAUCAGAAAGAAGAGAAAUCCCCGGAGGACCGUUUAAGUCAAGGAACAACGGGGUCGACAUGCCCUUCCUCACUCCAGAACUGUCUGGAGAGACGAGGUUCUACCCGCCUCUGCCGCCCGUUCUCACCCAGGAGAUGCCCUCCCUCACACUCGCCUCACCCGGUCCUCGCCCCGUGCUCCGACGCGAGAUACCCACGACCCUCUCGCCAGGAACGGAAACGUUAACGGACGAGGUGUGCGAGGUAGAGUUGGCGUCAAAGAAGUCGGAGGAAGAGGAUUUUCGACCGUUAGCGCCUUACAGAGACUGGCGCUUGGGUUCUGCUGAAGACCACCAUAGACCAGAGCUGGAUUUACAGGUAGCGGCUUACGUGGCUAAUGCAACUAGUAAUGCUCGGCCCAAAAUGGCCGCCUCUGAUCACAAAAUGGCCCCCUCUCGGCACUCUGGUCCUACUGAAGACCACCACCAUAGGCCAGAGCUGGAGGUACAGGUAGCAGCUUACGCGGCUAGUGCAACCAGCGACGCUCAACCCGAAAUGGCCGCCUCUCUGCACAAAAUGGCCGCCUCUCUGCACAAAAUGGCCGCCGACGCUUCCCAUCUAGAAGCACUACCAAUCCAAACAAUGUCUGAGGCCGUGCUGACCACCGAGAACCACUGUAGUCGAACCUCCGCGGAGACCCAUGCUAGCAAUAACAACCACAUGCUCUCUGACGUUACACUACUGCCAACGCAGCAAAUCCAGAAACACGGGUCCUCGACGGUAACUACAGCAGUAUCCAUGGACUCCGACUCAGAAGGAUCCUCUCAAAGAGACGAUGUAUUUAGAGACUCCAGUACUAAGGGUUUAUAUCUCGCUAGCACCAGUUUGACUUCUAAAGAUAAGUUGGCCCACUCUUCUGAGCUGAGUGAAUUAAAUAACCAUUUAGCAACAGUACAACACCAACACAACCAUGACCAAACUCCACACUCAAACAUGGAUGCCGUUUGUAGUUCACGAAAUGUGGAAUCCAUUUGUAGUUCCCAAAAUGUGGAUUCCAUUUGUAUUUCUCGAAACGUGGACUCUGUUUGUAGUUCCCAAAACCUCUACCUGGAGCCCAAACCUUUCUCAGACGGCAUCUGGAAGAACCUCAACUCCCAGAGUCCUGCGGUGCUCAUCGAGAGCCUCCACCACCCGGAGCUCCCCGCCGACUAUACCCACGAUGCACUACCUUACACCAUGUGGACCGAGCCGCAGUGCAAAGAGGUCACAGACCUCGAUCACGAAACUGAAACGGACGACCAGGACCCAGAGGGACAUGGGGACGGGCCUCUCACCUGGGCCCAGCUGGAGUCCACCUCUCUGGGGUCGGCCGGUGUUGGGGAGCCCCUGGGCCUCUGUGGAGACUUUGAGCUCCAGAGAGGGGAGGUGGAGGCAGCGGAAGCCCUGGCUCUGUGCAGGGAACUGGGGGUGGAGAGGGAGGCCGAGGGGGCUCCCGAAUCGCCCUUGGAGGAGAGACCGGGGGGGAAGGAGAGGUGUCUGAUAUGGAAGAGGGAGAUUCGGAGGACGAGGGGCAGAGCAGCACGAGGGAGGAGAGUAGUAGUGAGUCAUCGGAAGGAGAGGCUGAAGAAGAGGAGGAAGAAGGGGAGGAAGACUAUGAUAAUGAUUUGAGUGACUUUGAGUGUGGCGACUCGGGGCUGGAACCUGGAGAGUACCCUGCUGCUCCGCUGGCGAAGAGAACCAGUAAGAGCUGGCGUCGCCCUCUGAGGAAGCCCACCGCCCGGGCCGUGCCCUCCACUGUCAAACAACAGGCUGUCAGCG